AUGGAGUUCGGGCGGCGAAUGAACGCGGAGCAGAGCGGGGAGGCGGUGCGGGAGUUCCUGAGGCGCGGGCACGACGAGCUGGACACCGCACACAUGUACGCGGACGGGGAGACCGAGAGAGUGCUGGGGGGGCUGGGCCUGAGUGCCGAAGGUAAGGGGGCGGCAGUGAAGUCGGCUACAAAGGCCAAUCCCUGGGAGGGGAAGUCGCUGAGCGCGGACAGCGUGCGCCAGCAAUUGGAGACCUCCCUCCAGCGACUGCGGACCCCCUGCGUUCACCUCUUCUAUCUGCACGCCCCGGACCACCAGACCCCGGUGGAGGAGACCCUGGCGGCCUGCCAGCAACUGUACCAGGAGGGGAAGUUCCGAGAGCUCGGUCUGUCCAAUUACGCCUCCUGGGAGGUGAUGGAGGUCUACUGCGUUUGUAAGAAGAAUAACUGGGUGCUGCCCACCGUGUACCAGGGUAUGUACAACGCCACCACACGCCAAGUAGAGACGGAGCUGCUCCCAUGCUUGCGCCAACUCGGGAUCAGAUUCUACGCAUACAACCCGCUGGCAGGGGGCCUUCUAACCGGGAAGUACCAGUAUGAAGAUGAGGGCAAGGAGCAGGAAGCUUCCAGAUUUUUCGGGAACAGCUGGGCAGAAACCUACCGGAAUAGGUAUUGGAAGAAGCAUCACUUCGAAGCCAUCGACUUGGUGCGCCGAGCUCUGGAGGAGAUGUACAGCGCAGAUGUGAGGCCCAGUCUGGCCGCGGCCGCACUUCGUUGGAUGUACCACCACUCCAAGCUGCAGGGAAAUCGGGGUGACGCAGUGAUCCUGGGGAUGUCCAGCACAGAGCAGCUAUUGAGCAACUUGGCCGGAGCCGAGGGGGGUCCUCUCCUGCCCCCAGUGGUCGCUGCAUUCAACAACGCCUGGAACCUGGUCGCUCACGACUGCCCCAACUACUUCCGCUAG